GAACCUGUUGAGUCAAAAGAGGAAGCAAAGGCAGUCACCAAGGUCCCAGAGCCAGUUACCAAGGCUACUGAGGUAGAGAGUGUGGCCCCAGUGCCAGUAACGAAGACCCCAGAGAAACAAACCACCAGUGCUGAAUCUGCCAUCAGUACAGGGGAGAAAGCAGAAGCCCCAUUUGAAAGUCCAAGCAAGAAAAACAAGGGCAAGAAAGCAGCAGCUGUAGAGGCUGCUAAGGACCAGAUAGAAUCUGCAGUAAAACCAAGCACUCCUGCACCAAAGAAAGGUAAAGCUAAAUCCCCAUCUCCUGACAAACCUUCAACAGAAGAUGCCAAACCCAAAGCGGCAGAGAAUAACAAAUCAAAGUCCUCGUCUCCAGACCAAGGGAAGCCUAAAACCAAAGAUGUCAAACAAGCACCAGAAGCUGCCAAGCCCAAGUCACCUGGAGCAAGCAAUGAUAGUGGAGCCAAAGAUUCCUCCAGUGGGGACAAUAAGCCAGUAAAAAGUCCGAAAAACAAGAAAAAGAAUGAGAAGACAACAGAUAUGGUUGUCAAGGAGACAUCUCAUUCAGUAACACAAGCUGCGAAACCACCUGUUACAGAAACACCUGCUGCUAGUAGUGGCACACCUGGAGAAGGAGUAGAGGCCUCACCUGAAGCUCCUCAGGUGUUGGCUUUUGAUGAAAUGGGACAAACAUCAGAAUCUUGGACUGAAGCUAAACCUAAAGGCAAGAAGAAGAAACCAAGACGUGAAAAUUGAAAUUUAAUCUGUUACUGAAAUCUUUCUACAAUCUGAGAAAGGUGAACUGGAAUAGCUCCCGAAAGAUACAUGGGGACAGAGUUCAGUUCUGAUGCAUAGCAUUACAGCUUCGGACAGACAUGUCCAAACACUACAGUCGUUGUCUACUGAUUAUUUGGUGCUGAGGGCUAUACUUGUGUGUAGUCUUGCAUACAUUUUCAUUUGUUAUGUAUUUCUCCUGACAGGGAAUCAGAAGUUAGGCAUUAAUAACAUUGUUUGUGAUAAUCAACAGCAGCACACAAAGUUAAGCUACCAGUUAGUGAUUUUCAACAACACAUUUGGAUGUUAUGGUAGUGGAAACUUAAAGCUGGUUAUGAUU